AUGACUGCUUUCAAGGCUUCCACUUGCUGCCGCCAGGGCGCCUCUGAGUGUGCUUGUGCCCGACAGGCUACCUGCAGCUGCGGCCAGAAGCAAGCCCUCCACUGCACCUGUGACAAGGCCGCCACCGAGAACCGCAUCCAGGCCGGUGCUCGCUGCUCGUGCCGCGCGCGCCCUGCUGGUGAAUGCACCUGCCAGCGCUCCGCGACCGAGAACGCCCCUCCUGCCGGACCUACAUGCUCUUGCGGUCUCCGCGCUGCCGAUGCGUGCACCUGCGAGAAGGCCUCCGACGGUGGCUUCAACCCUGCCAACGAGAUCGACUUUACCACCCGCAAGUAG